GCGCAGUCAUUGUGUUGUAUUCAAACAGAUUGUCCUCAAUAUGUCCUCAAUUGACUUAUAGUAUGAACAGCUGAUCGUCAGUCAAACGAAACAAAAGUAAAACAUUUUGUUAUUAAUUGUGAGUAAUAUUGAAGUGAAUAGUAAUUAAAGUAAUGUAACGAUUGAUAACUAUUUCAUCAAAUUAUGUCUACAUUUCAUUGAUUUUAUGUAAUGUUUUAAUAAUAUAAUUAUUUGAAAGUUUUAAUAUUAAAUAAAUCUAUAAAUUUGACAUUAAUUUAAACGAUAUGUGAUUUGACAUCAAAAUAUAUGUUUGAUUUCAUUGAAUGAAAGUAUGGAUCCGUUAUUAUCACUGUUUGAUCCACAAGUGGACAGCGAUAGUGAAGACAUUAUUAUAACAGAAACGAGAAGUGCAACACUUUUGUCACAAAAUGGUAGUCUUCCUCCGGAGUGUGAAGAAGGAAAUAUUGAAUAUAAACUGAAACUAAUAAAUCCAUCUAAGACUAGAUUUGAACAUUUGGUGACACAAAUGAAAUGGAGAUUACGUGAAGGACACGGAGAAGCCAUUUAUGAGAUUGGAGUUGAAGAUAAAGGACUUUUGAUUGGUCUGUCACAAGAAGAAGUUAAUGCAUCUCUAGAAACACUGUAUUUAAUGGCAGAUAAAUUGGGUGCAACUAUAACCAUAUUAAGAGAAAGAAUUAUAACCAAUGAUGAAGAUAACUGUAAGGCUCGCAAAUACACUGACCACAGACCACAUAAGUGUCGCAAAGCUGUUGAAGUAUUAGUUAGGAAAGUGCCGGACGAUCAACAAACCAUUGAGUUAAGGAUUGCUGUCCUCGGAAAUGUCGAAACCGGCAAAAGUACUUUACUUGGAGUUUUAACUCAGGGAGAGACUGAUAACGGAAGAGGAAGCGCUCGCUUGAAUCUCUUCCGCCAUAGACAUGAAAUACAAACGGGAAGGACAUCGAGUAUUAGUAAAGAAAUACUGGGUUUUGAUAAUAAAGGAGUUCCCAUCACUUAUAAUGUUUGUCGAACUCCUGAAGAAAUCUGCGAAAUGUCCUCAAAAUUACUAACUUUUAUUGAUUUGGGAGGACAUCAAAAAUACUUAAAGACUACUGUUUUUGGAUUAAUUGCAAUGCAUGGACACUAUGCUGUUCUUGUUAUAAGUUCGAUUGGCGGUGUAUUUGCGGGAACUGCUCGCGAGCAUUUGGGUCUGGCGUUGGCACUAGAAGUUCCUGUGAUUGUUGUGGUCAAUAAAAUUGAUAUCACAGACAAUAGAUCUCUUACGCAAACUUUGAUUCAAUUGGAAACACUUCUUAAGUCUCCUGUUUGUAAAAAAAUUCCGGUUAGAGUUGAGACAGAGGACGAUGUAUUUACUUACGCGAGUCGUUUAACUACUGAUCAUAUAAUACCUAUAUUUACGGUUUCGUGUGUUUCCGGUUACGGUUUGAAUCUUUUAUAUAAAUUUCUUUAUGUUUUACCGCCUUCUGUAUCAGUUAAUGAUCGACAAAGACUUAUUGAUUCUAAAGUGGAAUUUCAGAUCGACGAAACAUUUCAAGUGCCAGAAGUCGGUUUAGUUGUAAGUGGAUUAUUAAUAUCUGGUUUAAUAAGAGAAGGCGAUUAUCUGAAAAUAGGUCCGUUUGAUUGCGGCUUAUUUAGUCCGGUUCAGGUGUCGUCACUUCAAAGACAUAAAGUCGCGAGUCGUUCAGUGAGAGCCGCAGAGAGCGCAACAUUAGCUCUAAUGUCAUAUAAUAAUGAUAUUGACUUAGAAAAGAGUGUACGGAAAGGGAUGGUUUUAAUUGAAAUAAAUGAUAACAGUUAUGGCCAUAAAAUAUGCCAAUAUUUUCAGGCAAGAAUUCAUGUAUUAUUUCAUGUGUCUAUGCUUUGUCCUGGAUUUCAAACAACUAUAUAUAUUGGAAAUGUUAGACAAACAGCUGUAGUGGUGGCUAUAAUGGGUAAAAAAUAUGUCUCAACUAAUGAAAGCGCUUCAGUCAUGUUUCGCUUUAUUAAACAACCAGAAUAUAUAAAAAAUGGAAGUCGACUAUUGUUUAGGGAGGGCCCCUCUAAAGGAAUUGGACACAUUGUCCAAGUUUUUCCUAUUAUAACUAAAACUAAUGACAACAGUCUAUAA